CCCCUCGAACUCUCCUGCUGCUCCUCCUCCAUCAUCAGCAACGCCCCGUAGGCAGCUGCUUUCUUCAACGCCACCCACUCCUGGUUGCGACAGGCCUCAAAUGAUCCAUUUAACCCCAGCGGAUUGAUCCCUUCGUGAUCGUCAACUCACUCACCCCCCUACCGAUUGCAAGCGUCAUACCUCAUCUCUACAAUCAUCAUGCCUCCCCCUCCGCCGCCGCCGCCGCCUCCGCCCGGAGGGAUGGGAGGUCCUCCCCCGCCUCCUCCCCCUCCAGGAGCUAUGCCCAGCAGACCCUCAAAUGCAGAGGUUAAGGGUCGAGGCGCACUACUCUCCGACAUCCACAAAGGCGCAAGAUUGAAGAAGACCGUGACCAACGACAGAUCGGCACCCGCGCUUGCAGGUGGAGGAGUAAAGUCUUCUGGUCCCGCAGUCCCAGGCGCUCCGCCUGUUCCGGGCAUGGCGAAGCCUCCGGCGGGAUUGGCACCACCUCCUCCGGCACAAGCAGCGAACAGGCUACGAAGCAAUAGUGAUACUGGCGCAGGAGGUGAUGCUGCAGCAGGCGUUCCGGCGGCGCCUCAACUGGGAGGCCUCUUCGCAGGAGGUAUGCCCAAGUUGCGCAGUCGGGGAGGCGUUGACACUGGGGCUACUCGGUCGUCGCCGUAUAUGUCGGAUUCGGAGGGUUCGCGGAGCGCUCCCCCGCCCCCUGCUGCGUUCGCUCCGAAGCCGCCGGAAUCGCCGCCGGCUCCUCCAGUGAACCCGCUGGUUGCUAACCUCCGGAAGCCACCUCCGAGGCCGGCGUCGAGGCCCUCAUCGACAGUCUCGAAUGCGUCAAGCAGGUCAGCCCCUGACGCUCCUCCACGCGCGCCGCCGCCGUUGCCGGGCUCCGCAAGACUUCCGCCGCCUCCACUAUCUAACAGGAAGCCUUCUGUCCCUGCUCCCCCACCUCCACCCCCUACAGCGAGUCCAGCUGCACCCCCGCCGCCACCCCCUCCGGCAGUUUCCGCUCCCCGACCUCCUCCGGCGCCAGCACGAUCUACCCCUCCACCCCCUCCCCCGCCUGGUGCCUCUGCUCCACAACCGCCAAACGGCACGGCUGCUGCAUCCAUCGCAGUUCAAGCUGCUAGAAACGCUCUUGGACACAGUCACUCGACACCACCGCCACCACCACUGCCUGCCUCGGCUCCUUCAGCGCCUCCACCCCCACCUCCUCCCAGUGCUCCUCCCGUCGUCCCUCCGAGUGAGCCACCAUCACGGCCAUCUCCUUCCCCCUCUGCUAUAGCACCACCUCGACCUUCAUCCUAUGACUCACCAAUUGGUCAACCAGAUCGUUCGACACUGGAUCCGAGCGCUUAUACCCUCUCCAACGGCGGGCCGUCACCGGGAUCGAGCCCUUGGAGUCCAGGGUCACAUGGGCUGGUUCGGGUGGACGAUCAUCGGUUCAAGUUCCAGAGCGAAGGCUUGUUGCCCAAACCUCGGCCGUUUGUGGGGGGUACCAAGCGGUACCGGGCUGGACGAGGCAGCAGUGUACCGUUGGACCUAAGCGCAUUGGCUGCAUGAGGUGUCUAUUGGAUCCGCGUGGUAGAUUAGCGCAUUCUUCAGCUUGUAAAUUUACUUAGCAACGCAUAUUGUUAGUGACAGUGGAGUUAGGAAUGAACGGUCUUUACGCAAAUA